AUGGCGGCGGGCGGCGUGUGGGUGUUCCGGAAGGACGGGGUGAUGGAGCUGGAGCGGGAGGUGUCGAGCCGGAAGGCGCUGGUGUACGUGCCGGCGAACGAGACGAUGCGGUCGCUGCGGGCGCUGGAGCGGCGGCUGGGGUUGCUGGGAUGGGAGCGCUACUACGAGGACCGCGCCGUCGUGCAGCUCCACCGCCGCGACGGCAGCCUCGACCUCAUCUCGCUGCCGCGAGACUUUGCGCGGUUCCGCUCCGUCCACAUGUACGACGUCGUCGUCAAGAACCGAGGCCACUUCAAGGUCGUCGACCUCUAA